UUCUAAUCUAAGUAGGAAAAGAAUUAUACUAACAAAUAUAAUAAGGAAGUAAUGCAAUAAGGAAAGUAAUGAAUAAUACUCUCUAGUAUUCUAUUUCCUAAUGCAUCAGUUUUUGGAGCACAGGUCGUCAUCAAUGGCUUCCAGCGGUUGGAUGCGGCCGUUUCUGCUCUGCAUUUCCCUGUUCUUGGGCUUCUCCUCUGCCGCAGAUCCGACUGUGUUUCUUGACUAUGAGGUUUCUUACAUGACUGCUUCUCCUCUUGGCGUGGAGCAACAGGUUAUUGCUGUUAAUGGGAAAUUUCCUGGGCCUCCAAUGAAUGUGACUACUAACAACAAUGUUAUUGUCAAUGUUCGGAAUAAAUUGGAUGAAGAUCUCCUGAUGCAUUGGUCUGGGAUUCAAAUGAGGAAGAAUUCUUGGCAAGAUGGGGUUCUUGGAACCAACUGUCCAAUUCCUGCAAAAUGGAACUGGACAUACCAAUUUCAAGUGAAAGACCAGAUUGGCAGUUUCUUUUACUUCCCUUCACUGAAUUUUCAAAGGGCAGCAGGAGGUUUUGGUAGCAUCAUUGUUAACAACAGAGAUGUAAUCCCACUUCCUUUUGACACCCCUUAUAAGGACAUACCUAUUCUGAUUGGCGAUUGGUUCACCAAAAAUCACACGGCUCUGAGGAAAACACUUGAUGCUGGAAAGAGCCUUGGAAUUCCCGACGGCGUUCUUAUUAAUGGCAAAGGGCCUUACAGAUACAAUAGUUCUUUUGUCCCUGAUGGUAUUGACUAUGAAAUCAUCACAGUCCAGCCCGGCAAAACUUACCGGCUUCGUGUGAGCAAUGUUGGGAUAUCGACGAGUUUGAAUUUUCGGAUUCAAGGUCAUAACUUGCUUCUAGCUGAGUCAGAGGGAUCAUACACAAUCCAGCAGAACUAUACUAGCUUAGACAUCCAUGUUGGACAAACAUACUCAUUCUUGCUCACCACUGACCAGAACGCGAGUUCUGAUUACUAUAUUGUGGCGAGCGCGAGGUUUGUGAACGAAACCAUUUGGAGAAGAGUCACCGGAGUUGCCAUUCUGAAGUACUCUAAUUCCAAGGGCGCGGCCCGCGGUCCUCUUCCGGACCCACCACAGGAUGAGUAUGAUAAAACCUUCUCUAUGAACCAGGCAAGAUCCAUAAGAUGGAAUGUGACUGCGAGUGGGGCUCGUCCCAACCCACAAGGUUCUUUUAGAUAUGGUUCUAUAAAUGUGACCGAAGUCUACGUCAUAAAGAACAAGUCCCCGAUGAAGAUUGGAGGGAAACAACGAACCACCAUCAAUGGGAUCUCAUUUCAAAACCCAAAGACCCCAAUAAGGCUCGCCGAUUGGUUCAAGCUCAAGGGGGUGUAUAAGCUCGACUUUCCCGCGGGCCCACCAUCCACGGACUCGCCUCUUCGGGUCGAGACAUCAGUCAUAAACGGUAGUUACAAAGGGUUUAUGGAAGUUAUACUGCAGAACAAUGACACUAAGGUCCACACGUAUCACUUGAGUGGAUACGCGUUUUUCGUUGUCGGGAUGGACUACGGGGAGUGGACGAAUAAUAGCAGGGGAACAUACAACAAGUGGGAUGGGAUCGCGCGCACGACAGCACAUGUUUACCCGGGAGCCUGGACAGCAAUCUUAAUCUCCUUGGACAAUGUUGGGAUCUGGAACCUGAGAACCGAAAACCUGGAUUCGUGGUAUCUUGGUCAAGAAACAUACAUCAGAGUUGUUAAUCCUGAGAUGACAAACAAGACCGAGCUGUCUAUCCCUGACAAUGUCCUCUACUGUGGCCUCCUUCAAAACAAACAAAAGCCUCAAGAAGUGUCGUCGUUUGCGACUACGGGAAGGGAACCGAAAGUGGCGGUUGUCGUGGUGGCGAUGGUGUUUUCUGCAUUGGUGUCUUUUUUGUUCCCAUGAUUCCUGCAGAGUUGGGGUUUGGUUGUUGAGGAUUUGUAAUUUUAAUUAUAAAAAAAAGAAGGAAAUUAUUGGUGUAUUAACGUAGCAGUAAUGUUUUUUUUAUUCUCUGGUCAAUUGUCACCCUUAACAUGUGAGUAAUUUUUUUUUUAAAUUCUCCGGUUGUAUUGAUUUUCUUGCAGAGAUUUCAACAUUCUUUUAUGAGAACAAGGUGUGAAGAUUUUUUUUAAGGUGUGAAGAAUUAGUUGAACAAUGAGAGUCUGUUUGGUACACGGAAUUGGAAUUGAAUUAGAAGUUGAGAUUCUAUAGAAUUGAUUUGGAUGGAAUUCAUAUUUGGCCAAUCUCAAAUUUACAUAUUUUUAUGCUACCUAAUAGUAAAAUUGGAAUUGUUAU